GCCGCGGCCAGGGAAGGAGAAAUCCAGAAGCACGUAACUGGACACUGGUUCCUGACUUUACCCAUCAUGCCCACACUGCCUCAUUAUCAGCAGUAGCUGUGAAUAACAGAUAUGUAGUUACUGGUAGCAGAGAUGAAACAAUCCAUAUUUAUGACAUGAAAAAAAAGAGAGAACAUGGGGCAUUGCUGCAUCAUAAUGGCACGGUAACUUGCAUAGAGUUCUAUGGCAAUGCACACUUACUGAGUGGAGCAGAAGAUGGAUUAAUUUGUGUUUGGGACACAAAGAGAUGGGAAUGUCUGAAAUCCCUUAAAGCACAUAAGGGGCAUGUGACAUCUCUUUCCAUUCACCCUUCUGGAAAAUUAGCUUUAUCAGUAGGAACAGACAAAACAUUAAGAACAUGGAAUCUUGUAGAAGGACGAUCUUCCUUCAUCAAAAAUCUGAAGCAGAAUGCACACAUAGUUAAAUGGUCUCCCAGUGGAGAGAAGUAUGUGGUGGUCGUAACUAAUAAAGUGGAUGUCUACAAACUUGAAACAGCAUCUGUCAGUGGUACCAUCACAACUGAGAAGAGAAUUUCUUCAGUUAGAUUUAUAACAGAUUCUGUCCUUGCUAUUGCUGGAGAUGAUGAAAUUGUAAGACUGUACGACUGUGACUCACAAAAGUGCCUAUGUGAAUUUAAAGCUCAUGAAAACAGAAUAAAAGACAUCUACAGUUUUGAAAAAGAAGGAAUACAGGUUAUUGUUACUGCAUCCAGUGAUGGAUACAUUAAAUUGUGGAGUCUUGAACUUGAUAAGAUCCAGGAUAUCCCAUCUUUGUUAUGUGAAGUCAAUACCAAAGCCAGGCUUACAUGUCUAGCAGUAUGGCUAGACAGACCUUCAGAAACUAAAGAGAACCCUGACAAAGCUUCAACCUCUUCUAAUGGUAACAAAGUAAAUGAAGAUGAACAGCCAUUGAUAACUAGGAAAAAAAAAGUUUGUUGGACUGAUGAUAGCAAUAAAUCUACAGAGAGAGAGAAACCAGGGUUGCCCAAGAAACAAAAAUUAGAAGGUGCACAGCAAAAGAAGAAAAAGAAACUACAGAGCUUAAAAUGAAUGUAUCUUCUUUACCACUCAAAUAAUAAGCUGAUAUUAAUCCAUUUCAA